CCGAAAUAUACAGUGUGUAAUUUUCUCUCUCGGUGUUUAAAAGCUCUUGUACAUCGUAAUAAAGUUUUGACUGUCCGAAGCGGCGGGGGAAAGGUGUAUACUAUACAUUUAAACUUUUAAUAUCUAUUGACAAACAGGUGUAUUCGGCAUGAAGGUCUAGCUUAAGGCGAGCGCUGGAUUAUAUGUUUUAUAGUUAGGAGCAUCAAUUACAAGGCUUUAUUGAUCGAGCUGGAAAGGUAUCAAAUGAAUAUUAUAAAAUGUACAAUAUACAUGUGAACAGUUGUCGUCCUCUGUAGAGAGAGAGAACAGGAAAUUUCCACCGACAGAGGCAUCGUAAUAUUGAGUGAGCAAAUCCCUUGGUCGAUUUUCUUCUUGUGAUGUGGCUCAUUUAAACCUCCUGGAUUAACAUAUAAUAUUCAAGCGAAAUUUUAAUGCCUUCCACCAGGUAGGACCAUGCCCGACCAACUUUAGGCCUGUUCUCAAACGUCAAAAAUCUGUACCCACCAAAAAUUCCCGGAUGAUUUGCAUGGUGAGGACUGUACGGGUCAAAGAAUGGCCGGAGGGUUACAUGUAUGCACGAGCCUCGGAGUGGGAGGAGAAUUACCCAGCAGCCGCGGGACAGUUCCAGUCUCCGAUCAACCUGGUAUCCAACGACGCCAAGUUUGACCCCGCCCUCCUGCAGAAGCCCCUGUCAAUCAAUUACUUCACAUCUCGCGAAACUGACGUCCUUAACGAUGGUUACAACGUUAUCAUCUACCCCAAGUAUCGCGGAGUGGAAACCUCUCUUCGAUUGGACCCUUCUGCUCGCUCAGUGAUAUCAGGUGGGCCCCUACCCCCGGGGUCGGAGUACGAGUUAUCGGACGUUCGCUUUCACUGGGGUCGAUACAGCACCCGAGGGUCAGAACACAAGGUCAACGGAAAGGCGUUCCCUAUGGAGGUGCAGUUGGUUCAUUGGAAUGCCUCCUUGUUCCAGAACUACGAGGAUGCCAUCGGAAAAGAAAACGGCAUAUGUAUCAUGUCCCUCUUCGUGCAGAUUGGAAAAGAAAAUGCUUGCAUCCGAGCUCUGUUUCCAGAUACACUAGCUGAAAUAGCUUAUAAGGGUCGACAGAAGACUACAAACGCCCCUUUCAACCCCGUUGGUUUGUUGCCAGAUCCGGACCUAAGAGAUUAUUGGACUUAUGAAGGCUCGCUCACUAUGCCGCCAUGUUAUGAAGGAGUUACGUGGAUUCUGUUCAGAUACCCCAUGAUGAUAUCCGCUGAUCAGAUUGACGAUUUCAGAAGAUUGUACAUGUAUUCCAAAGACGAAAGGCCCACUAAUGGUUGUGAAGGGAGACUACUCGACAACUUCCGGCCCGUGAAACCUCUACACGGAAGAGUUGUUAAAGCUUCAUUUCAAUGAAGUUUAAAAUUAAAUUCCAUGUAUUUAUUGCCCGUUAACCGUGUUAAAUUAUGAUAUCUUUAUGACUGUGUUUCGAUAUAAUUUUGUACUUAUUAUGUAUUUUUGUGUGCAUGCAAUGGUGCUAUUAUACCGUACGUGAUGUAUACAUUCUGACCUACAUAUCUCCACUUGGCUGAUGUGAUUCCUCUCGAUCGUGUACAUUGAAAUCCACAGUGACGCAAUCGCUAUUUAUUUCUGAUUGUACAUGAAGUGUGUCCCAUUCUAACAGCGUUCAUUGUUUGACAAUAUAUUCUAAUUUCAGUGAAUAUAACGUUUUGUUGUGAUUGGCAUGAUUUAGGAAAGAAUAUACUUUUCUAUUAUGAUUUUCUUACAGCUGUUUUUUAAUUACAUAUUUCAAGCAUAU